AGGACACAAAUGAGGACAAAUGUAUUAUGACGGUGUAUUUGUUUCUGACACAAAGACUGUAUUGAAGUUAAGAGAUCCACAUAAUUCCCAAGAGGUUGUGCUGCAGUUGAAGGCAGAGUAGAUGAGAGAGAGAUCAGCAGCAGCCAACGAUUCCUGCUCAUCACAUCCCGGAUACAUUGUCGCUGCAGCGCUGGAUACAUUGUCGCACGGCGGCGCAUCCAUUACUGGGCUUUGUGCUGCUCGCUGCGCCCCCGACUCUGCCGCACAUGCUUUGCGAGGGAUCCGCUCCCAGUCUGCCGCUGCUGAGUCCAUGGCUGGCCAUGAUUUGGAGAAGAGCAACGCGUCCUUCCUCCCCACGGACAUUCCCAGCGUGUCGGUGGCCAAACUGGCGUCUCUGGGGCUGAUCGCGUGCGUCAGUCUGGCCGGCAAUUUGCUCUUCGCUUUCAUCGCUCUGAAGGACAAGAGCCUGCGCCGGGCUCCCUAUUACCUGAUGUUGGACCUGUGCCUGGGGGAUCUGAUCCGCUCUCUGCUUUGUUUCCCUCUGGUGCUCAAGUCCAUCAGCAGCGGAUCCCAGUGGAGCUACAGCAAGUGGAGCUGCAGAAUGAUGGCCUUUGGGGCGGUGUUGCUUUGCUUUCAUGCCGCCUUCAUGCUGCUCUCCAUCAGCCUCACCAGGUACAUGGCCAUAGCCCACCAUAGGUUCUACUGUAAGAGAAUGACGGGCUGGGCUUGUGCCAUUGUCAUCUCCAUGGCCUGGAUCCUCUCCACCGCUAUGGCCUUGCCUCCAGUGUUUGAGGUGGGCACCUACAAGUUCAUCAGGGAGGAGGAGCAGUGCACCUUUGAGCACCGCUAUGUCAAGGCCAACGACAGCCUGGGCUUCUUGCUCAUGUUGGCCUUCAUUGUAGGGGCCACACAUUUUAUCUACAUGAAACUGCUCUUCUUCAUUUAUGACCACCGUAAAAUGAAACCAGCCCAGCUGACUCCAGCCAUCAGCCAGAACUGGAGCUUCCAUGGACCUGGAGCAGCAGGACAAGCAGCUGCCAAUUGGAUCGCGGGGUUCGGCAGGGGCCCCACUCCCCCCACCUUGGUAGGAAUGAGACAGAGCACCCAGGGCCACAUUAAGAGAUUGGUGGUGCUGGAAGAGUUCAAGCAAGAAAAAAGGCUCUGCAAGAUGUUCUAUGUCAUCACCUUUCUCUUCUUGGUCUUCUGGGGCCCUUACCUGCUGGCUUGUUAUCUGAGGGUCUUUCUGAAGGCUGCCAGCUUGCCCCAGGGCUACCUCACAGUUGCAGUGUGGCUGACGUUCGCUCAGGCAGGGGUUAACCCCAUUGUCUGCCUCUUGCUUAACAAAGAAGUGAGAAUCUCCCUGAGAUCCUACAUCCCCUGUAAGAGCACCCAGACCCAAAGGGAUCCUUAUAUUGACACAUGACCAGGUCCGGACUGAUAAUUAAAAUAGGCCCUGGCAUUUCAGGUACCCAGAGGCCCAAUCAGCCCACACAGAGAUCCAAACAGCCCCACCAGCCCACUAAUAACUGAUUAUCUAUGGCACCUUAUAGCAGCCCCUCUGGCAUUUGCCAGAACCCCCAGAUUGCCAGUCACAUGACCCUGUCACUAAUACAAUCUUUCUUUCAUUAGAUCAUGUUACUAUGUUAGUUUCCUAGAAUUAAAGGGGAAAAAACAUUUCAGCCUGGAGAAAUUAAAAAUUUGUUGGACUAAGGCAGAAAUCUGUAAAAAAUAAAUAAAUCGAUUGCUGAACUAAAACUGCCAGCAUACUUUUGGUCCUUUAAGGAUGUUGGGCAUGCACAGGUUUUACUUGGAUCUUGCUUGACUACAUUUCCCAGCAUCCUCAGACAUGUACCCAAUAGCAGCAUGCUAGGAUUUGUAGUCUGCUUUACCUAUAAGAUUCCAAUUUUCACUAUUUUGCUGAUUUGGAUCCCGACUUGUGUUCCUUUCUCAAACUAUUGUUCGAGAAAGGACGAGAGAGAUUGCUCUGAAAAUAAAAUGACAGUGAUUUUUUUUUAGACUUGAGAGCCCUGGGUUAUUAGAUGUGUGAGCUGUGAAGAUUUUAGGAAGGCAACUUCGCUCCCAAAGAGCACUAAGUGUUUAUCAAAAUUGAAUUCGGGAAUGAGGGCAGGUUAUUUAUUGAGAAAUAGGGAUUUACAGUUCAGCAACAUCUGGAGAUCCAAUAUUAAUGAAUCUACCAUGUUCCUAUUGUGUGUAAAUAGGGAUGCACAGAAUCCACUAUUUUGGAUUCAGCUAAACCCCCGAAUUCUUCGUGAAAGAUUCGGCCGUAU